CUUAUAGGAGGAUCUUCACAAUGGCAGAAGGACGUUGCUGGAAAACGUGGUGUUAUUUUAACUGCUUGUAUGGAAGCUCUGUUCUAAUUCCAUUUUCUGUCAGUGUCAAAAAGACAGCACCUCAGCAAUGUUAGAAGGAUUCUAGUGCAUAAGUAACUCAGAGGGUUUUUAGCACGCCACUCUCUCCCAGCUGUAAAUAUGGGGUGACCAGUAUUCCUUGAGCUUUACAGGGUUGCUGUCAGGAAGGCAAAAUAAUGCACGUGAAGUACAGUGCCUUCUCUGAAGCUCUCUCAGCCUUCCCCAAUCUGGUGCCUUCCAUAUGGGUUCGGCUACAUUUCUGACAAUUCUCAGCCAGCAUGACCAAGGUUGUAGUCCCAACUCAUCUGAAAGGUACCAGGUUGGGGAAGGGUGCAUUAAUAUAAAACAGAGGAGUUGUUGUUCCUAUCCUCAUCAUGGUCCUCCACAGCCAACCAUUCUCCAUUUUAAGCUGGGAAUGCCAGGAGCUUGCAGAACCAUUAUUUUUCCUUUCCUACUGUCUGCAGAAUUUGCUCCAGGCCAGAGGAAUUCAAGGCAGUGAAGGUUUGCCCAGACAGCCUGCCACACUUAAAAAUGUGACCUGUAUAUUCAUUCUCCCUGUAAGCAAGUGUGAGAUUUAAACACUACUCGCAGCCUGUUCUUCAGCUUAGAAAGCAUCUCCAAACUUGUGCAUGUUUGGAGGUGGCGAUGAUACGUCAGUCCUUUAUAGGUAGGUUCAGACAUUUGAUGCCUGAUUAAAAUUAAUGAGAACUUUGAUUUUUUAAAGCACAUUUUUAUAAUUAAAACAGAUGUUGUCUAGAAGUUCAAGAGAUGGAGUCUCUGCACCAGGGUGGGCAACUUCUGGCCCUCUGGAUUUUUUAGCCUACAUCCAUCAACCCUAGCCAGCAUAGGAAUAAUGAUGGAUUCCCACAUUUGGAGGGCCACAAGCUCAUUCGGCAGGCCCUAUAUCUUGAACACACAACCACAUAACCCUCUCCAUACUUCCCACCAACCCACAUGUCUUUAUCAGGAGGAUUCCUUAUUCUCGGACAACUUUAAAAUCUGGAUGCCAAGUAUAUCUGGAAAAUAACUGCACUUGCAUUAAGUCAUAGUGCUCUGUUGAGUUUUGAUGAAAAAGCAAAAGGUUUUUUUUAAUAUAUUCUUAUAGAGGCUAAGUACAGGCUUACCCUAUGAAGAAUGUGGUUAGGAGACAUUGCCAGCGUGGUCGGUGGUGUUUGGUCGCCAUGGUGCUGCAGACUAGCCCACAGAAUUCAGUGCCAAUCUGACAUGUGGCUGGAUGUUAUCUUAUCUCUCUUAUAUCAGAGAGCUGAGGUCAGCAUGCAAAAGGUGUUACCGCUCAUGGUGUGGGCACAUGUAUGAGGCUGGUAAAUAAAUCUUGCAGAAAUUUGUUUGCUUAUUUAUUCAUACGUAACACUUACCUGCAAAAAAGAUAUCAAAAUAAUGUCCAUCCAUUUAAAACAAUAAAGCCUUAAAGAUGUAAAUAGAAGGGUAUUAAAGCAAUACCCAAAAUAAACCAGCAUUUUAAAUGGCUAAAUUGGAAAGGGGCAUCUUUGUAUCCUUUGUAGGAGCCUAGAGAGUAAGGCCAAAUGAUGUUCUCCAGGGAGCACAUUCCAUAGUUUGGGAGUGACACGGGAGAAAGCCCUUUUGCCCUCUGUGGGUACUGGUGUCCUCGAGAGGACCUUUACUGCACUGUUGUUUGGUCGCCAUGGUCAUAGGAUUUUUUUUGCCUCAGGAGGCAUAGGAUUGCCACCCUUGGAGGUUUAAAGGUUAAAACCAACAUUUUUAUUUGUGGAAAGCAAUUGGCAGCCAUUGCAGAUCUUUCAAAACAGCUGUAAUAUGGUCCCAGUGCUAGGAACUGGUUAGCAUCCCGGCUGCUAUAUUUUGCGCUAGUUGCAGCUUUCCAAGAAUAGCUCGUUCAUAGGUGACUGAAGAGCAAAAGAAGUGUGUGUGCUCUUUCUGGGAAUGGAUGCCUUUCUCAGGCCCACUUUCAAUCUUGUAAACUAUUGACUUCGUUCAGCUUUAUUCACUCAUGGCCUUGCAAAUGGCUGUUCUCACUGAUGUCUCAGUUCAGGAAUAAUGAAGACAUAGCAUGUGGUUACUCCUGUAGCUCAAGCAAUGGAGCAUUGAAUCGUUUUUGUAUCAUGUAUCAUGUUUUUUAUCCUGUUCUUUCUCCUUACAAGCUCAGAGGUGAAAAAUAUACUUACCUCUUAUGAUUUCACAACAUCCCAUUCAGGUAGGUUAGACUGAGGGAUUGUGACAUGCUUGAUGCCAUCUGAUGCUAUUUGUGACCUACUUUGUCCUGGACCAGAUGAAGUAUGGCUUUGUGGGAACAUAUACACCUGCAAGGAAAGUUCCCAGAUCGUAAGACUGUCAAGAAGACAUUGGAAACGUGCUACCAUAUCUGUUGUGAAAGCGCAGAAUCUUCGUUCUUCCCUUGGCUUAUUUCCAUGUUGCCUUCAGCAUCAUUUCAAAAGCCCUCUGCAUGCGAUCGAUUCAGAGACCUGGCAAGAGUGAUUUGUUCCUUCCCUGGCAGCCUGUUGCAUGGGAAGAAAGUGGGAGGAAGAGAAAAGGAGGAGGCAGAAGCCUUAUGUCUCAGUGGCCCAGCAGAUGGCACCCCCGAGUCCCAGCGGCAGCACCAACAACAGCAGCAGCAGCAGUAGCGGGCCAGGUGGCGGCGGCGGCGGUGGCGGCGGUGGAGGGGACCAGCUGAGCAAAACCAACCUGUACAUCCGGGGCCUGCACCCUGGCACCACAGACCAGGAUCUUGUCAAGCUGUGCCAACCGUAUGGCAAAAUUGUCUCCACCAAGGCCAUUCUGGACAAAACGACCAACAAAUGCAAAGGCUAUGGCUUUGUGGAUUUUGACAGCCCCACGGCGGCGCAGAAGGCAGUGACUGCACUCAAAGCCAGUGGGGUCCAGGCCCAGAUGGCCAAGGUAAGACUUGGACCCCAGCUGCUGUGUGGAGAAAAGGAGGGAGGCCGCACCUUGCUUCAGCAACCCAGUGAGGACCAGCUGUAUGAGAAAUCCCAAGCAACCAACCCGCGGGGUUCCCUGCAGUUUCUCCCAGCUCAGCAACAGGAGCAGGAUCCCACCAACCUCUACCUGUCAAACCUGCCUUUGGGCAUGGACGAGGCUGAGCUGGAGUCGAUGCUGAAGCCAUUCGGACAAGUCAUCUCCACACGCAUCCUGCGCGAUGCCAGCGGCACCAGCCGGGGAGUCGGCUUUGCCAGGAUGGAGUCUACAGAAAAGUGCGAAGCCAUCAUCACACACUUCAACGGCAAAUAUAUCAAGACGCCCCCCGGGGUCCCAGCUCCUCCGGAUCCGUUGCUUUGCAAAUUUGCCGACGGUGGCCAGAAGAAGCGCCAGAAUCAGGGCAAAUAUGUGCAGAAUGGCCGAGCCUGGCCACGGGAAAGUGACACGGGUGGGAUGACCUUGACCUAUGACCCCACAACAGCGCUACAAAAUGGGUUCUAUACAACACCCUACAGCCUGGCCCCUAACAGGAUGAUUGCCCAGACUGCGCUGUCUCCUUACCUCCCAUCACCGGUUUCCUCUUACCAGGUUCACAGCCCAUCCUGGAUGCACCAUCAGUCAUACCUCAUGCAGCCCACGGGGACAGUGCUGACACCAACCAUGGACCAUGCAAUUUCCAUCCAGCCCACCUCCAUGAUGGGGCCCCUAACCCAGCAGCUGGGCCACCUGUCCCUCAGCAGUGCUGGCACAUACAUGCCGGCGGCAGCAGCUAUGCAAGGAGCCUACAUCUCCCAGUACACACCUGUGCCUUCCUCUAGUGUUGCAGUCGAGGAGAACAGUGGCCAGCAGAGCCACGUGACGGUGGAGUCCCCGUCGGAUCACGCUGCCUACUCGUAUCAGUACAACAAGUAACAACAGUGCCACCGAGCAGCUCAGCUCUGAGCAAUCACUUCGAGGGAGACAAGUUUUUUUUAUUUGUGCUGCAUUUAGAAGAUGGAACCAUUUUUGUUGUUGUUGCUUUUCUUUCUGCAAAGAAAAAGGUUGUUUUGCUUUGUUUUUUAAAAAAGGAAAUAACCGCAAUAGACUUUUGACACCGAGGAACCAAAGGAGGUUAGAGUGGGGGUAGAAAAGACAUACCCCCGAUCCUUAGAUGUACAGAUGGACUAAGGACUAUUUUAAUACGAGGAAAACAUUUUUGGCGCGUGUGCGUGUGUGUGUGUGUGUUUGCGCGUUUAUUUUCUUGUUAACAGCAAAAUCAAACGCUUUGGAUGCCACAAAAUUCCCCAGAGAAGAACAAUUAUUUUUCUCUUUUGGAAAGGCGGCUUCUGCACCUCUGGGAGGGAAUUUUUUUGCUCCUUUGAAUUUGUUUUGUUUUUUUCUUUGAUCAUUUAAAAGAGUUUUUAAAGGACAAAUAUGCAAAAGUGUUUGAAUAUUUUUUGUUGUUUUAUAAGAAAAUGCUCUGAGAAAACCCCACCUCGCAGCUGUAGGAUAAAAAUCAAUGCAGACUUCUUUUUUUCUUCUUCUUCCUUGGGGUGGGUGUGGGGGAGGGAAUUUUGCUUUGAAAGGAUUAUUUUAUUAUUUCAAGAGGGUAUUUUUUUUUCUAAAAAAGACAAAUUUACAAAAAACAAAAAAAGGAAAUCGACAAAAAAAUCUACAAAAAAGGAAAUCUACAAAAAAAAGUUGAACUUUUGACGGCAGCAAGAGGGGUUUGUGUAAAACUUGUCAAGUUGGAGGGAUGAUGUGGCUGGUGGCUUUUGAUGAACUGAUACUUUUAUUUUUUCUUUGGCAUAAACUCUGCCCCAGCUGAAAGAGAGAGAGAAACAGAGUUUGCUCCAGACCUCAGUUUCUGCCCUCUGUCCUGUCUAAUGGGACCGGUUCUUGCUGAAUGCUUUGGACUCUGAUUUGAGCUUCUGUGCGGACCCUUCUUUGCUUCCACAUGGAUUCUCCCCUUGCCUGCCCUGCCCUGGAACGGGGGACAAUAAACUGACCGAGGAACCUGCCGCCCGUGAUGUGUCAUCGCUUCCGGACUCUUGGAGACUGAACGGACACGUUGCCAGCAGCAGCAGCAGCAGCGCUUUGCCCCUGCCCCUUGCUCAGCCCCUGCCCCUGCCCCUGCCCCUGCCCCGGGGGCACACACACACACAGUGCCUUCUGCCGCCCGCGGUCCGGACUGUGCUGCCGUCUGCCCCCUCCAACUCCUGCAUGCCCGUCAACCCAGGUGCACAGUGCGUCUGCUCUCUCGGCAAACCAGUCUGGGGGCUGCGCUUGAUUCUUCUGACUGGCGGGGAUUGGGGGAGGGCUGUCCGAGUCGCUUUAAAAACAAACUAGGGAGCAUCUAGCACCUUGCAGGGGAUGGCCGAGCUCCCCCCUCCCCCUGAAACGGAGAUCCUAGUUACUAUGCACGUCCCCCCCCCCCGGCCCUUGGUCGCUGGCUCCCCAGAUCCGCAAUAGCAGGACACAAUGUGCAAUAAUCGGGCCCUUCCUACCACGCGUUUCCCUGGAGAGCCUCUUGGAGGUACCAAGUGCUUUAGACACCUUUGCAUGUUCCCCUGCCCCAACCAGAUGGUGCUAAAAGUCGAAUCCUCUCUUCCACCAUAAAACCACCCCAGCCGGCUGGCAUGAAGCUGCCCCCGUCGCCACGUUGUUAGUGUUGCUUCCCUUGCCCCUUCUGCGGGAUGCGAUCAUGCGAAACCUCCUCCCAUUUUUUAAUGCCCAACCCGUAUCUUUGAGGAAAUGGCUCUUAUGCAGCUGACAAUCAGGGAGGACUAACUGCAGAGGCCAUACAGGUGUCAUGUGAACCAGGGAAAAAGAGUGAGUGUGCGCGCGCGCGUGUGUGUGUGUGUGUGUACUCACGUGUGCAUCAUGCAUGUGCUGGGAAUCUGUGGUAGGACAGCCUUUGAAUAAGGGACCUCUGCAUAUCGGGUUUGUGCAUUUCUCAGGACGCCCGUCGUCUUGUGCUCGGCGUGGCUGCUCAGUGCCCUCCUGACCACGCGUGUGCUCGGCGUGAUCUGCUCCCGACAAGGGGAGCACGAGGCUCUUGGAAGGGAGGGAGGGAAGGAGGGAGGCAGGCAGGCAGGCCUGGCCCAUUCUUCCUCAUUGUGCUGCAGGGACAGGCUUGUCCCCCUGCCUCCUUGCCUCCCUGGCAGCUGUGCUGCCGAUGCCCUUGACUGGAAGGCCUAGUGAGGGGGUGGGCUGGUGCUACCUAGGAGAAUGCGGAGAAGCUUUGGCACAAUCAGAUGGGAUCCUGGCCUAGCAUCUGCCUAUGGCCAGUGUGCCGUUUCUUCACCCUGCCCAUGCCUGGAGUCUAGCGGCAGUCAGAUCCAGUCAGCCCCCAGUGCUGAGUUAACUCUGAGUGUCUUUUGGGCGACUUUGGGACUCGCCUUCAGUUCUAGCGCCUCUUCUCCCCAGGCUGAAUUAGGGAGCCAAACAGGUUUUUGUGAUAUUGAGUCUGAUAACUGGGAGAAUUGGGGCAAAGAUGAAGAUGUGCCACUUGAUGGUGCCCGUUUGAGAGGCAAGUGGUGCCAGUCGAAGGGGGCAGUGCCGCGGCACGUGCCACAAAGGUGGGGGCAGAGCGAUUUCCCACACUUGCGUUGUCCUCUUGCCACUCAGCUGACAGCUUUCAAAUGGAUACAGGACAUCAGUGCUGCGUUGCUCUUGCCCGGUUUUUCUUACUCUGUGAUGGGCUUACAGCCUGCACUGCUAUUUAUCUGCCUGCUCUGCUGCUCUCUCUUCCCUCUGAAGCCACUAAAGGGGGCAUUUAAAUGGAGCUCUUCUAGCCCCGGCAUGUGCCUUGCACAGCAGGUCCUUAGAGUGGGCUACAAAAGGAUUUAGCCUUGAUUGCUAGGCUGCUGCAGGCACGCUGGAAACAUGGGCAGUAGUGCCUCUUUUUGGCCACGAAGACUUCCUUGCCUGCACCUGAAUUUUUUGAUCUCCCAGCAGUCACAAUACAUCACACCAUUUCAGAAACAACUCUCAGAGUUUCCCCAGAUUGCAGGAGUAGCUGCUUGGGUGUUCUGAGGGAGAACUGCUGCUUGUAGGCAGGGAUAGGGAAAGCAGGUGGUGUGUUCUCUGUAUAUUUGGCACCUGCAGAGGAUGUUUUCUUGGUAGGUCCCAUUGAAAUGAAUGGGAGCUGCACUAGAACAUCGCUAAGGUCUCCUGCUGCUCCCAGUCAUUUUAAUGGGACCUCUGCAAGUGAUUUUUCAUGUCAGCUGUGCUCUAUGACUGAUUGUUCAAAAUCCUCAGGCAUUAUAAUUAAGGCAAUUGGUAGUAACUACUGAUCAAUGAAAUCCAUUAUUUGUGUGUGCGUGGGGGGGGGGGAAUCUGGAUAUUGAUUGGGAAAAAUAACAGUGCAUCAGGGCCCCUUUGAAAGGCUUACUCUGUCCCGUCCCCCCCAAAGUAGAACCACAUUAAAAUUGGGAUGCUUGUGCUCCUGACAGUCUCCUGGUUUUUAAAAUUAGAAUUUAUUAUUGGAAUCACCUGCUCUCCCAUUUUAUCUGAAAAUAGGCUUUUAUACAUAACCUCUAAUAAAGAUUUCUGAGUUGGAACUAUAGUAGGUAUAGAAACAUUUGAUGUUGAUGGCCAAGGAUCAGCAAUACCGAUUCACAUUUAUGUUGACCUGGUAUCUACCUGAAUGAGCCUGCCCCAUGAGUCCCUCCCUUCACUGACUCCCCACCCCAAUCCUGGCCCUUACCCAAGUGCUUGUGGCCACGGCCAUGUUGAACUGUGGUUAGCACUAGCUAGGAUAAGUUACUUUAAAUCUGGUUCAAAGUCUGGCAAUAAUAUAAAGCUGUGGUUUAGCUUCACAGAUUGAGUCCUCUCUCAGGAAGGCCUCUGUAAUAAACCUCCAGGAGGCUCUGCUGAUUAUCUUGUAAACCAGCUGUGAAAGAAGCACUCUAGUCAGCAUUUUCUUUGUGCAGAUGCGGUCAACACAAGCACUACUUUGUAAGCUCAUUUCAACUGCAAUUUCACAUCCUAGCCAGUAAGGCGGCAUGCACCACCCCUCAUGCAAGGGGUGAGACCAGGUGGGAAGCCAUAGUUAACCAUGGUUCUUCCUCAUGUCCAAUCUGGGAACCAUGGGUCAUGGCUUCCCAAGGACAAGGCCUCUGGAUCCUAGGUGCUUGGGAGCCUUUGCCAUAGUUGCAUGUUUGCCUGUAGCAGGAGCCUGCAGUUAGCAGCUUCCUGGCUUGCUCUGGAUUUGCACAAAGGCAGGCACUCCAGGUGUAUGAAUAGCCCAACUGAUUCAGUGAGGAGUGUCCAAACGACCCAGGUCUGCAUCAUCCAUUUUCCAAGUUAGUUCAGUUUAUGCAUUGAUCCUGUUGUGGCUCAUCUGUACACUGUGGAGGAUAACAGAUGCAAUGAAAUAAACUCAGGGCACAAUUGAGCAAGACUUGGUUGUGACUAAAGGUGCAAUUCCCCGUCCGUUUACUGGGGCAUGAAUCAGACAGGUGCGUCUAAGCAGGUAUGCAUAGGCUUGCCUUUAAGAACACAGUGCACUCUGAUAAUAAGAUCCACCCAGGGAAAUUCAUUUCGGGCAUGAGACCUAGGAAACUGGUUGCAGAUGUGCCUUCAGGUGUUUCUCCUCCAUCUGCAUGCAUGCCCUUUCAGUGUGCCUGCAUAUGUGUGGGUGCAUCUCGCACCACCCCUUUGCUGAGUGUGGCCAGUUGCCUACGGCGAGAGUGGGAUUCGAGGCAGGGGCUUGGCGGUACCUUGCAUAUAGAGCCUGUUGCGGUCGUUUCGAAGCACCCUCCAUCACAACGCUCCGUCUUCCUCUCGGGCCAGAACCAAGCCUUUAGGCUGCUCGGCAGGGUUGUGGAGAAGGCUCCUGCCUCCCGUGCGCUGCUUUAACAAAUUGGGACACUUUGCAGGGCUUGAGCUGAAGUUUCAGAGGAGGGCACGUUGUGCUUUGGAACAUGGUGGGAGGCUCUCUGCAUGGGUGAGGCUCCUCAUCGCUCACGAUCCCGAAAGACUUGCAUGUGUCAUGAUGCCGGCCCUUCACAUGGCAGGCCCAGGAAUGCAAGCUGUGGGCAGAAAAAUCUAUCUGCGUUCUUGUGAAUGCGGUUGAACAGGGCAGAGUCCACCGCUCAGAGCUAGGCAGGUAACUCCCAGCAGUGUGGCAACACCCUCGUCAGCCUGUGUGUCACUCCCACGUGGAUCCCCUUGUGUGAGCGUGAGUGCAGAGCACAGAGGAUGCAGCACAUAGCAGCCUGGCUAAGAUGUUGCUCCAGUUUCCUGGAUCAAGGCAGAGGGCGUGGGAGAGGCCCGUGCCUUCUUCCCACUCCCGUGGUUUCCUUUUCUCCCAGCUAACUGCCCAGUGAGCCUGCUGCAUGCGCUCCCCCAGCAGGGAGCCCAUGGACUCCACGGCCCCCUUCUAGACGCAUGCACUGUGCCUGCUUGCCAGGCACUCCUGCUCUGCUCAGGACUAGGGUGGCAUUUGCCAGAGCCAGGGGGAAGGUGGGUGUUAUUUUGCAGGAGGGUGUAAGGCUGCCAGCCAUGGGGGUGGGGGAGAGAGCUGUAUGGGCACAGCUGACUCCAGGGGUAGGAACAGGGCAGGAGUAGGUCACCCUUUCGCUUUCAUUCUGAAUCCCCUCCUCCUCCUGUUUCCCAAAAAUGUAAAAUCGUGUGUCUUGGGCAUAAUGGGGCCACGCAGCAAAUCAAGCAACAGCAGCAAAGCCAGAUCUGUGCGUUUGCUACAGGAGAAGGUAGAAUUUAAGCUGCCAGAUGCCCUUGCUUAGCAAGGCCAACUCCUUGCAGAAGGGAAGCAAGGAAAGGUUCAGCAGUGGAAAGGAAGCAAGAGGGAGCAGGGAGCAGGGGUCCGAGGUGAUCACGGCGGAAGGAAUGCAGAGGGUGGGGCAGAGGGCAAAGAUGAGCGUGUGGCUAGUGACCGGGUGGGGGUACAUUCGGAACAGUAACAGCCUUAGGAAUGUUGGAACUUGUGAAGCUGGAUGCUGGGCCUGGGUGUGUGAGAAUGUGCGACUGAGAGAGAAACGGGUGUAUGUGCACAGACACAAAAGAUUGUGUAGCAUACAGACUAUGUACUUUGCCACUGCAACGCUUCCUUAGUCCAAAGCCCUGUUCUCAUGCCUGACUCUCCCCACAGCGUCCCCUACAGCACCUCCUCGCUUUUUUCCAGCCAAGGGACACACCCACAACAGCGAACUCGGACAUGUGGUUUUGGGCAGUUCAUUCCCCUUUCACUGCAUCCUUCCAAUUCUGAAAGGAAGCGUGGUAGUAAGGAAAAAUGUUAAGGUCCCCAUCCUAACCUCUCUGUGAUGGCACCUUGGCUUCGUAGGUGAACCGGCUCUCCCUGGUGGGAGACUGGAGGCAUGGCCAGAGCUUUCCACCACCGUGAAACAGGGUGGGAGGGUCCCAUUUACGCGAUAUUGUGGGAGUCGCUGCUGGGCAACUGUCGGCUGCUUCAACGGUGCUUUGGACGCCUGCAUGCCUAGUGUGGGGACCGAACACAAUACGCUGGGACUAGGAGCAUGCGCCCCUUGAGCUGCUAGAGUUUUAAUCUUGUGCCUUGAUUUCCUCUUUCUCAUUCUGCCCACGGGGGGAACCAGUCCCUGCACUUUAAACUUCCAGUCUAGUUGGCGCCUUCCCCUGUCCAGCCCCCCACCCCGUCCCUCCCAUUUGCAGCUAAAGGAUGCUACCGCCUUGCCCUGAUUGAUGCCGUCAGGGCCCCGGCACUCUGCCCCGGCCCCCCUCCUGUGCACAAAACCAUCCUCCUCUCCUGCAACAUGCAUUCCCUGUCCAGCCAGCCACCAUGCUGGAAGAGGAAGCACAGCUGCCUCCCAGACCCGGCAGACUGUCGAGAUGAAACCUCCAAUGUGUAGUUCCACUUAAAUGCUGGUGUUUUUAAAAGCAAGCUCCACCACCCAAAACUCUUCGCCUGCCAGCUCCAUGCUUGCAUUGAAACCCGUCCUGCUUGGAAAUUGAUGGUGCUAUUUGGGAAGACAGACAGACCCCGGUUCAGAACUUCUCUUCAUUGUUACGCUCACCAGUUCCCGUUUUUUGUCAUUCUUCGCUACGCAUCUACCUCACAUGCACUCGCAGUUCAUUUGUACGUCCUGAACCGGCCAACGGCACCUUCACCAAGGGACAAGCUCCCCGCCUCAUCUUUAGAAAGCCCUCUGGGCUCCUCUGCUUUGUUUGAAGGGGAGAGAGAAGGGAAAUGUUUGUUUUCAACAAACAAAGGAUUCACCCCGUUGCUGCUAAUUCUGAAGAGUUUUGUUAAAUGUACCACAUUUUGCUUUUUUAAAAAAUUUCCUUUGUAAAAUGUGUUGGUUGGUUUAUUUAAAGUUGAAGAGAGAUGUUUUGUCCAAAGGGAAGGAAAAGUUACGUGGCCUCAACAUGGGACCCUGAGCAUGGCACGAAUGGCCAAAAGAUAAAAUGACUUUUUUCUCCCCGCUCCCCCACUUGCUUUUGCAUAGACCUCGUGCUCCAAAGCCUUUUGUGGCUGCACUGCUUGCACUGGAGAAAAGGUUGCCAGCUAGAAGGGAAGUCUAGGGUUGCUGCUGUCUGCCAUCCCUGGUCUUUCGAGCCAGUGAUGGUGGCCACAGCUUCUCUUUCUUAUUCUUGAAAGAAAGAGCUUGCCAAAGCAAGACACUGUCUCCAGUUUGACCUCCUUGGGAAUGCUUGCGUUCUCCAGGCACACCCUCGGCAACUCAGCUUUGCAGAGCAGGCUUCCAUGAAUAGGGGCAGGUGUCAGCGGUGAUUCUUCCCUUGAGAGCUUUAGCUAAAUACGGACUUCAGGAACAGGAAGGAAAUCAUUGGCCCCGCUUAUGCAGCUUUGUCUGAACUGCAAAUGCAACAACCAAACUGAACCUUAAGCAGCCUGCUAGCAAAGAUGGCAGCGGGAAUGUACUUUUGCUGAAGGUUGGCAGAGUUUCGCCAGACAGACUGAGCUUAUGAGUCUACAUAAUUGUGGUGGGAAAUGCUUUUGAUGCCACUGCACUAUCAAAACUUGAAGUAUCUAGAACUGGCUCAUAAUAUUGCAUAGGAAGCUGGAUGGACCCCUGGUCUGACUUAAGAUGGCUGUUCUAUACUGCACAAAGGCGGUUGCACAUUCUGGGCACAUGCACCCACUCAAAACCAGAUGAAGGGUUGCAGGUAGCCAUCCUUGUAAUCUGGAAAGCCUCUUCUACACAGAAGAAAUUGUGCUCCUGCCAAAUGAUUUCCUCAGCUCAAACGCCAACAUGUGGCGCAACACCAUAUAUUUUGGCAAUGGGCCGAAGCAAUUUCAGCCAGGCUAGCUAGCAGCCAGGUCAUACUCCAAACCCAUCCUCUCCCCAUGGGGAAUGCAGUUCCAAGUGCUGUGGUCUUCCGCUUCCAUGUUUUGGCCACUGGCUUUGUCUUCCAGCAACUGUGCCAGCAGAGCCACUGGCAACACUUCCUAGGGAGGGUGGGGAGAAAGGAAAGUCAACAGUGUCUUCCAAAAUGCCCAGCUUGCUAUUCAUGGAGCUGAAAAUUUGUAGUAUCAGCAUCUCAGUGGUCAAAAACCGACGGAAUAAUUGCAGCCUCAUCAACUACUUGGGCUGUUUCUGAUUACAGAAUAAGAUAUUUUCAUGGUUGUUGAUUGCUUGGUGUUCCUCCUUCUCUGUCUUCCCAUCUUUGACAGGAAGAGACAGCGUGGAUUCUGCUUAAGCCAAGAUUCACUAGUUCAAGUGAUGGUCCAACCUCUCCCACUGUGGAAAAGUUCACUUGGCCACACUUUCCUCUGGAGCAAUAUGCCCUUUCUUGGUAGUUGUCAUGGUUGCACUGAUGCCUUGCCCUACAGCAAAUUGCCAUUAAAGUAGAUAGCAAUAGGCAUCCGCCCUACGCCACACACGGCUCAUGCUGGUUCACGUCCACAGCAAACUCUAGGCGAGCUGAUGUGCUUCAACACACUUUGUAGUCCCUCCAUAAUAUUGGAACGUGGUUGCAAAAUGUUUUGCUUUGAAAACAGCGUGUCUGCCAUGGAUGUAAAUGCGUCUUUUUGUAAGCAUAUGGGGCACUCGGAGCAGCAGAGGUGGAGCGCACUAGCUUGUGAUUCUGAACCGCUAUUUGGAAGCUACUGGAGCGCUCAAAGGCAAGUGUUUGGUGCCUCCAUUUGCUGCUGACGUGGCGAGAAUGCUUGCUCCUCAGCCCGCUUCAUGUCUCAAUUCAUUUUACCUGCCAGUUUUAUUUAUAUACUUAGGACUAUUUGUACAGUUUUUUUUUAAAUGAGAAGUUUCUAUAGUUUUGUAUCUUCCAUGCUACAGCCAGACCUGUUUUUCUCUCUCUCAAGCCCAUACACCUUCCCCUCUGUGGAGCCCUGACUGGUCUCAUUUUGAACAAAUUUUUGUUUCGAAAUAAAAGGUGAAAAAUAA